UUUUGUCCUGCACUUGAUCUUUGACUGUUUGAGUUAUAUUGCUAGUGUCGUAGUGAGUGCAUUGCUACUAAAAAGGUGUGAUGAAAGCUAACAAGUAGCUAGCAGUGGUGAUUUGGCGGAGCAUUACUCUCAGCUAAUCCAAGGCCACGUGCGUGGAGAAGUAGACUAGUGGCGGUACGGUGGUCCUGCAGUUCCUAGCGAAGCCCAUCUUUGGCAUUCUGUUGUUCAAGUAGUUGCAUUCAGACGAUACCAUCAGUGGUUUGCUGAAAUACGUCAGGGAGCAGCGCAACAAAGGCCACCUCGCCUGACUACGCCGUCAUGGAGGACGAAAAAGUGCCCACAGCGUCCAUUAGCAUGGAUCUCGUAGUCGGCCCAACGCUAACUGAGAUCUCUAAGAAUGAUAAAGCCACGAUCCAGCUACUGCGGACAGCGUUUCAAAAGGCGGAGCGGGAGAAUCCUGGAUUUACACAGAACUUCAUCACCGGCGUUUGUGAAGCGUCCUCCACUGGCAUCAACGUGACUGAAACCAUACUACUGAUGUCGGCACUGCCGUGUGCAGAGUAUGAACUGACACGUCCGGAAGCAGAGUUUCAGAUCCUGAAUCAGCGAGCAACACACUUGAAGAUGAUUCUGAGUCGUAUACCCCAAGAAAUCAACAAUCGAUCCCAGUUCCUGCAGACCAUCAAGGGUAUUGCUGGUGCCAUAAAAGAACUCCUUGACGCCAUCAACGAAUUACACCGUAGCUAUCCUGACAUGGGGCGGAUGAAAGACUACAAACGAGCACUUGAUCUUCAGAAGAGGACAUUUGUGAAGCAUUCCAAAGUAUUCAGCGACACGUUGAAGAAGUACUUCCGAGAUGCAAGAACGGAUGACGUGUUCGUGAGCGCCAAUCGCUUGAUAAACCAGACCAACACGCUGCUCCGCCUGUUUCGCAUGGCCAGUGGACAGCCAUAGUCAUGAGCCUGCCUGCUGAAUGGCUACCGUUGUCAUGUUGCACAACCGACGUCAAUCCUUAUAGACAAAUUAUAAUAUUCUAAAUUUAAGUUAUGGAAUUUGAUAGUAUUUUACGUGGAAAUCGGUCUCGAAUUAGAACAUUCUGGCUUCUUUAUUGUCCCCUUGAAGGCAUUCACUGUAAAUAUUGAAAUCCCAAGCUCACUGUGUUGAUUUCGAGAUAAAGUAGUGCUGCACAAAAAGUUGAAGCACCGUAAGAUUCGUGUUCAAAAUGAUAGUGACGUGAAGCCUGUUCACAGUCUGUAGCCCAUAGACGUACACACUAUUUGUGUACUAGUCUACGUUGUCAUGGUAUCAUAUACUGUAUGACACACACAUCCACACGCACACAUGCGCGCGCGCACACACACACAGCCUCACAGAAAGCAGUUGUUGUAUUUUACACAGCAGGACGCUUCAUUUCGGUGUUAUAUGUAUAACUACAACAGUGAGUCAAAUUUGUUGAUUUUUAUGCUCUUCACUUCGAAACAAAAGAUAAUGUGAUACAAGAAA